CUAGCUUAACGCGUGCGAUACCGUGCACAUUUGGGGCCACAUCCUACACCUAGCCCCAAUUGGCAGAAAUAUAGCAGCCCGGCCUCAUUUAAGCGUCGUUGCUUCGCUCGUGAACUUUGGAAUAUAUUGGUGCCUCCCGCUUCUUAGUUCUCCAUGCCGAAGCUCUCACCAAGCCUCAAGGCCCUUAUAAAUGCCGCCCAUUCCCGUCCUGGCCCAGUGCCUGCACCACGGCAUAUAGAAUCGCUAUUCCACAAGAUUGAGCGCGAAGCCAUAGCCAGGAGAGUAGGGAGACCGUCAUGGCUAGCUCUUUCAACAGCGGCAACCAUGACCAUGAACUCACCAGACUCAAUGCUCGUCCUAUACAAAGUGGCCAGCGCGUCGAAGCCAGUGGAGGAAGGCGUUGCAAUCGCAGAGUUUAUGCGAGAGGUCGGGCUAAAGUGUAUAGGAUUUAAUGGGGUCCCACGAACAAUAAACAUGCUCAACGCCUUCCGCGGCGCCCUACCGUCCUCGGUCGUCUCCUCGCUCUCCACUACCCCGACUCGCUUCCCCACACCCUCGAACGUCGACUCGAUAAACAAUCGUGGUCGCCGGUUGUGGAACUCGAUAUACCGACCUCUUGAAAACAAGCUGGAGGCUAAGCUCGCCGACGCCCACCCCGACCUCCCCGUCUUCAUAAUUAGUGGCGAAUAUGGCGCAUUAUUCACGGACCCUCCUCGGAAAACUGGAGCGAACGUCGGGCGGAUAACCACUAGUUUGGUCGCGAUUGCUUGUUUAAGAGCACAACAGGGUGUGGGUCCGCAGGUGCUGAGUCAUGUCUUUGGGCUGAGAAAGGCGUUCGAGGAUGGCACGUGGAAGGACGAGCCGAAUGUCGGCGAGGAGGAGGGUCUGCUUUGGCUGGCCACCGAUGAAGGCUGCACGUGGGCUUUGGAGAAGGUGGACGAGGUUGUCGAUGCGCUGGGGGGUGGCCAGGGUUCGACCUUUGCGCCUUUCAAGGCGAAAUUAUAGUACUACCGUGAGUGAGAUCUUGCUCUACGCAAUGUCAUCAUUUCGAAGGGUAAUGCACCGC